UGGAUAAAUUAUGUAACUCCUAAUCUAAAACACUAAUGACAUUCAAAGGAGACCCCUUGUGAGUUUCACAAUCAAACAAGUGUGUUGUGCUUCACUGUCUCCCUCAUUGGCUGGGAACACCAGCUGUGUGUCUAGGUCUAAAAGCAUGGCAUACACAGAUGUACGAGAGCAUAGUCGGAAUGGAAAGGCCUGCCUAGAGCAGAGUGACCAAUGCCAGCCUCUUUCUCCCUGGUCUGAGUUUGGACCUCUGCUUGGGUGUAAUAUUGGGCCACUGACAGGCUGAAAGUGGAUAGCAAUUCAGUGAGUUUGACAGUUUACAUAUCAGAAAAGCUCCUUGAAAUCCAUGCCCAGAAUGAUUCCUUCCAUGUGUUUACAUCUCCAUCUGCUGGACAUUUUUGUAUAUCACUAAAAGUAGUACAUUUAAUCAGUUUUAAUAGCAACACUGAAGUCUAAAUGACAUGUAUGUCAUACAUGUGUCCUAUUUUCCAAUAAAAUAAUGAAGACAUGAUUUAAUCAUAUUUACUGAAAUUGCAUAGCUGGCUAAUGUACUCUGCCCUAAACUAUGAGUGAUUGUUAGCUUUUUUUGUAAACUCAAUUUGAUACAUAAUUGCAACACUAUAACCUUGGUCUUCUUUACAAACUGCAAAAAAAUCCUCAGUGGUUUCCUCCUUUCUUGCGCAGGCGCAACCUUUCACGGCAAAGCGAACCAAGAUGGCGGCUGUUGUUGAAAAUGUUGUAAAACUGCUGGGAGAGCAGUGCUAUAGAGAUGCCAUGGAGCAYUGCCAUAACUACAACGCCCGGCUAUGUGCUGAGAGGAGUGUUCGAAUGCCCUUCCUGGACUCUCAGACUGGAGUGGCGCAGAGCAACUGUUACAUUUGGAUGGAGAAGAGACACAGGGGACCAGGAGUGGCCCCAGGACAGCUGUACACCUACCCAUCCCGCAGGUGGAGGAAGAAACGACGAGCCCUCCCCCCAGAGGAUCCUCGGCUGGUCUUACCCCCUCUAAAGUCAGAACUGGACUUGGGUUUUAAGAAGGAUGCCCUGUCAUCAUCUGAUGGCAGCAGUCUGGAAGCCCUGCUGAAGGGGGAACCCCUGGACAAACGGGGUCUUCCGGAGCUUCAUGGGACAGAAGAGGAGUCCAGUCUGGCAGACUACACUUGUGGGGGAGUCACCCCUGCAGCACGUGUCAGAAAGAGAGUCCUGGAGGCAGAUGACUUCCUGGAUGACUUGGAGGAUGAGGACUAUGAGGAGGACACCCCCAAAAGAAGAGGNUAA